AUGCACGUGUUGCUUUGCUCGAGUUUUCACGAUAUUGCUGAAUCAGCAUCAUAUGGACUUAGUGUCAUCGUGUAUACUAUAAUGUAUUUAUCUUUUUAUACAACGUUGCACAUUGAUUGGUUGUUAAGAUACAUAAAACUAAAUUUAAGGAAGCCUACAAGUGAGGCUUGCUUGCUGGACAACAAAUAUCAAGAAAAUAUUCGCUGUCAUCUGAAAGAAGUAGCUAAAUACCAUAUAAAUUUUAAAGAGUCUUUUUAUACCCUGGGUAAAAUACAAGAUUCAGCAACUUUGUUAUUGUGUAUAAGUGGUCUAAUGAUGGCAGUACCAACAACAUACUUCUUACUUUCUGAAAGUCAAGAAUCAGCAAUAUAUGAAGAGGAAGAUAACAGCCCAGUGACCAAACCAACAUUGAAAAUGACAAAGAAAAUAGUAUUGACAACAGCUGCAAUGAUAAUAGUGAUACCAGUGAAGAUGUUUUACAUUCUGAAAAUUAUUCAUCACGACCAUCUACGUCUGCGAUAG